UGUAACCAUUAGCGACCAGUAACGCUAAUUUUGAGGUUGCAGAUGCAUAGCAACUUUCACCACUAUAUCAAAGUUAAAACACGACAAUGAUCUGGUGGAUUUUCAUCGCCUUCGCCCCUUUUGUUAGCUGGGUGAAGGCGGUAGCCUUCGAAUCCAGCAUCUUGAGCCCAUACCAGAUCGUUAACUCUUCUGCCUGGCAUAAUAGGGGGCUUCAAAUUAUAGACAAGUCUAGGUAUAAUGUGACUUUUGUCGAAGCUUCGGUCACUAACAGUACCUUCAGGAUUUCGUUCAACAACGGUGCCGGUGAUGGUAAGACGCCAAUAGGGGGAAGGUUCGAAAUUUUUACUGCCCGAGAGGGCGUCGACGCAGAAGCGGAUCAGACUCUGUCAUGCUUCAGUACGGGAGGAGAACUGUUUCGCUACGAAGAUCCUGGGUCGGGCAUCUCGAACGCUUCGAUGUCUCUUGUUGCCAACUCUGUCACGACUCCGUCGACCUUCAACUUUUCCUUUGACGGGAACGUCGCAGAAUCAAGUCCAUUCUAUUACGGGGGUUCUGGUACGACCACCAAACAAGCCAAGUAUAUUUUUUGUGUGAAGUUCACUCUUAGUCAGGAUAUUCCUGGCCCUGCUUCUACCAGCACUGUAGAUAUCAACUACCGUGAGGUAGGUAUCGAAGUUAGCAUUACUCUAGAUGGCGGAUUGGAUUCCAAUAGCGUGGGCGCUUUUGAGGUGGAUGCUGGUCCUAAAAAUACCAGUACCGAAAACGAAGUUGUGUAUACGGCGAGUGCUGGUCUUUGCAGUACAUAUGACCUCGAUACCGCCAUUCCACAGCAAGGAGAAGUUAUUCCUGUGUGCAUCAUCUCGGAUGAUUACCCACUUGCAAGGAUGGUUGAGGUUUUGGACCUUGUUUUUUCUUCCGGCGACCUCACUCAGGCGAUUCGUUCGGACGGAGGAGACGCUCCUGGAGCGAUGGGGUUGUAUGGUCUGCCUGAUCCCUUGAAUGCAGAUCAUUGCCGACAAGGCGAGUGUGUUCAAUACGAUGUGACUCUAUACGCCAUUUUUGUAUCCGAGGUAGAGGCCAGCCUUGAAAUCAGCAUUACCGGCAACGUGAUUCUUGGAAUUGGUGCCUCUUCCCGAUUGCUGCGAGCUCACUUUAAGCCCACUCGUGAACUACAAGAAGCGUUUCGCGAGCAAGCCUUCAGUACAACGAUUGAAAUUCCUGCUCUGCGACCGGCUCAGUCGACUGCUGCUACCCUCAGGAAGGCAUGCCUUUUGGCUUCAUUGUUUGCCGCAGCUAUGGUAUCUGUUAUGCUCUUCUAGGCCUGCUGAGGUUCGAAAUAACGCGAUCGUCGUACAAUCUGUUCGUCUAUUCAUAUAUCGCCGAGCAAUUUUAUUGAUUCACAACAUGUAGGAAAAAGGAAUGUAGUAGCAACAUUUGAUGCAUUUCAA